AUGGGUUCUCUCUCCGUACCCCCGUCCAAGACGGAAUACCAGAUCUUGGAGAAACCGAGCCGCAGCGGAAGAAAGCUCCGCAUCGUGUGCCUUGGGGGCGGCGCCAGCGCUCUGAACUUGGCUCAUGAGAUCGACACCUGCAAGACCCUCGAGUUGGAGCUCGUCUGCUACGAGAAGAACCCUUCCAUCGGCGGCACCUGGUACGAGAACCGUUACCCCGGUUGCGGGUGCGAUAUCCCGUCGGUCAACUACCAGUUCUCUUGGGCACCGUCUCCAGAAUGGUCGAAAUUCUACUCGAGUGCACCUGAGAUUUUGCAGUACUUCAAGGAUGUUGCAGAGAGAUACGACUUGAACAAGUACAUUCGCCUGAACAGCACUGUUACGGGAGCUUUCUGGGACGAGGGAAAGCAGAAAUGGCAUAUCCAGGUGCAGAAGCAAGACGGUACCACGUUCGAAGAUACAGCCGACAUUUUCGUCAAUGCGAGCGGUGUUCUCAACAAGUGGAAGUGGCCUGCUAUUAAGGGCAAGGAGACUUUCAAGGGGACGAUGCUCCAUAGUGCCAACUGGGACAACAGCAUUGACCUCAGGGGCAAGAGAGUUGGAAUGAUUGGCUCUGGCUCUUCGGCAGUCCAGAUUGUCCCAAACAUCCAGCCCAGUGGCUUUGGUCAACGCUUUGCUGGAAAGAACGGCAGCAACUUUGAGUAUAGCGAAGAACAGCACGAAAUCCUUAGGAAAGACCCAAAGAAGUAUCUUGCAUACAGGAAAAAGAUCGAGUCUGAGCUGAACUCCCGAUUCCGCUUCAUUCUGAACGGAUCCAAAGAGCAGGCGGAUGCCAAGGCUUUUGCGGAGAAGGACAUGCGCAGCAAGCUUGCAGGCAGGCCGGACCUCCAAGAUCUCAUUAUCCCCAAAAACUUCGCUGUCGGUUGCCGAAGACCGACCCCUGGAAAUGGUUACCUUGAGGCCCUUUGUGAAGACAACGUAACUGUUAUCUCCUCAAGUAUCCAGGAAAUUACUCCCAAGGGAAUCAGGACGGCGGAUGGAAAGGAGCACGAGUUCGACAUCAUCGUUUGCGCUACUGGCUUCGACGUCAGCUGGAGGCCGCAUUACCCCACAAUCGGACGCAGCGGCGUCAGCCUGAGCGAAUACUGGAAGGACGUUCCCAAUACUUACCUCUCCUUGACGGUUGCCAACAUGCCGAACUACAUUAUCUUCAACGGCCCGUUUGGGCCCUAUGGCCACGGAAGUUUCCUUCCCAUCACUGAGACAGUGGCAAGAUAUGUGAUGCAGAUGCUGCACAAGAUGUCAGAGGAAGAGAUCGCGUCCUUCUGUCCGAAGCAGGAGGCCGUCAAUGAUUUCGUCGAGCAUCGCCGGCAAUUCCUGCCGCGCACCGCGUGGACGUCACCAUGUCGUUCGUGGUUCAAGCAGGGUACCGUGGAUGGCGAGCCUAUGAUGUGGCCCGGCUCGCGAAUCCAGUUCUUUGAGACGAUUGCCACACCUCGUUGGGAAGACUAUGACUUGAAGUACACGACGAGCAACCGUUUUGGAUACUGGGGCAAUGGCUUUGCGCAGCGUGAAACAGAUGGACGGGAUUUGUCCUGGUACUUAGGUCUACUUGAUGGAGUUGAUGAGCAGCCUGUGUUGCCUGAUGAGGAUUUCGAAGAGUUUCUCAUGAACAAAUAG